AUUGUCCGAAAAUAAAAUAUUAAUUUUAUUUUAUCACUAAAAUUACAGGCCGAAAUUGAAAUUAUUUAGUGAAUUAGUUUUAAACACUAUCAUCGUAAAGCAGUUUACAAAUUUAUUAGACACUUUAAACUUUCGCUGUUCAAUAAACAGAAAAAAUGUCGCACAAACCAACACCGUACAGCCCAAACUUCCCACCGAGCCAAGGCUAUGCUCCUCCUGAAGAUAAAGAGACUGGUAAAGAGAGCUAUCCUAUGUAUCCACAAACUGGUUAUCCUGGACCGCCAGCUGGUGCUCCGUUACCGCCAGGAGCCCAGCCCUUGCCCGGAAUGCAACAUGGAUUCCAGCCUGGUUUCCAACCAGGGAUGCAGCCGGGUUUCCAGCCUGGAAUGCAGCCGGGUUUCCAACCAGGGAUGCAGCCGGGGUUCCAGCCUGGGAUGCAGCAGGGAUUCCAACCUGGAUACCAGCCUGGGUUCCAGCAGGGAUACCCACACCCUCAACCAGGGUAUCCAGCUCCUGUGAUGCAGCAGCCUGGGCCUCAGGUUCCAGGUGGCUGGAUGACUAUUCCUCAAGGCCUCAGCAACUGCCCGCCCGGCUUGGAAUACCUGUCUAUGAUUGACAAACUGCUUGUCCAUCAAAAGGUGGAGUUGCUUGAGGCUUUCGUCGGCUUUGAGACCAACAACAAGUAUACUGUGAAGAACGCAAUCGGCCAAAAAGUGUAUUAUGCUGUCGAAGACAACGACUGUUGUACUCGCAAUUGCUGCGGUCCGAUGCGACCGUUUGAUAUGAAGAUAAUGGAUAACUUCCAGAACGAAGUAAUCCACCUCAAUCGUCCGCUAGCCUGCGACACCUGCUGGUGUCCGUGCUGGCUGCAGAGCAUGGAAGUGUCUUCCCCCCCGGGGACAGUAGUGGGGUCCGUGGAACAGGAGUGGUCCAUCUGCAAGCCGUGCUACGUCAUCAAGAACGCUUCGGGAGACGUGGUGCUGAGGAUCAAGGGACCCGUGUGCACAUUCUCCAUCUGCGGGGACGUGGAGUUUAAUGUAUACUCUCAAGACGGCGAGACGAAAGUGGGCAAGAUAACGAAGCAGUGGUCGGGUCUGGCGCGCGAGGCGUUCACCGACGCAGACUAUUUCGGGAUCUCAUUCCCCAUGGAUCUCGAUGUCAGGAUAAAAGCGGUGCUGCUCGGUGCCUGCUUCUUGAUUGAUUUCAUGUUCUUCGAAAAGGCUGGGAACAACGAAAGCGAUCGCCCUGGAAUGCUGUAAUCUAAAUCACCAUAAAGGUUGUGUACCCGAUACGAAUACAAUUAUUUAGGUUGUAUUUUAUAUACAAUAACGUCUAUGUUAACAUAAGGCCAAAAAUAUUUUUUCGAUGCUUUUGA